AUGCUAGGCCUGCAACGCGCAUUGGCAGCCGUCUCAACCCGAGACCUAAACGGCUCACGCAGAGCUGGCAAGCCGGCCGAAUCCAAGGCUUCGGAAACAGCCAUGAUCCAUCUCACCGCUGCCACUGCCGUCUGCGGUGCUGCUGAGUGGCCGCGUCUUGGGGCAAAAGGCCCGCCUUGCAUCGCGACCCAGUGGGCACUUUGGGCACGCACCAAGUUCGAAAUUCCCCUCACUCUGACCCCCCGCGGAGCCUUCUUGCACAUCAUCAAACCACACGAGUCGAGAGCCGGUCAGAACAAGGUCGGCAUUUGCACAUUACUAGCAGGCCCUGCAUUCGCAAGCCGUGCCAGAUGA